AUGAGGAAGGAAGGAAGGUCGUACUUCGUCUUCGAGGCGGCCCGGAACGACAGCCUCAUGAACCAUUUCAAUCCUGCUAUUGUCCUAGGCUGGCUGGCCAAUAUCGACAUAUCUCCUUGCACCAGCUUACAGGCGGUUAUUACGUACGCUGCGAAGUACUGCAGCAAAUCUGAGAAGAAGACCGAGCCAUACUGCAAGCUGGCCGACCAGGUGUUGCCACACACAGCGCACCUUCAGCCCCUGCUCUCCUUCUCCUCUCGCCUUAUGAAUAAGCUGAUUGCCGAGAGGAUUACUCGGCGCAAGAGAUUUCCCACCUGCUGCUCAACAUCCUCUGCAGGAAGGUACGCGGAUGGUGGUGUACGUCGACUGCCGCCCGUUGAGCAUCAUGCGCGGUCGUACCGCGUCGACGAUGAUGUCAAUGAGACUGUCGGCAGCUACCAGAAAUAUCUGGAGAGAAAUGGUCAGCAUGAACGAGUAACCUACCUUGAGUACCUUCAGUCGUACAAUCUCAAGACGUGGAGGAUACUCUGUGCGAACGCGAAGAAGAGGUUGAUGAUGGUCCAUCCGCAUCGCUACCCAGAGGAGUUGCUCACUGUGGGCGGGCAGCGGUUCGAAUCUUUCGCGGCCGCGUACCAAUACUGCCGACAGCAGCACCAUUCCCAUGAGGACGACCAUUACGGAGAGCCAGGAGCAAAGGAACUGAGGGCAGAGGACGAUCAGUUUGAGCUGGAGGAGCAUGUGGAUCCCGUUGUGGAAGAAGAUUGGCAUGAACUCGCCCGCAUGCUGCCGGAUCAUCCGCUGGGGGAAGAGGACAUCGACAUACUCGGCCGCCGAGACCUCGAUGUGAAUUAUGAUUGGACUCCCACGUUGGACGCGAUUGACAAGGCUCAGCUCCAGAAGAAGCUGAAGGAUGUCAAGUACCUGAUCAUUGAUGAGAAGAGCAUGCUAGGACUGCGUCAACUAUCAUGGAUCGAUGACCGUCUCCGCGAGGCGUUCCCGAAUCGGAAUGAGGAAUUCUUUGGCGGCCUGAAUAUCCUUGCAGGAGUAGAGAUCAAGGGCCGGAACGCAUAUCGGCGCUUCGACAAGACGGUCUUCUUAAAUGUUGUCCAGCGUCAGCGUGGUGACGACCAGGAGGCAUUUCGCACGGCGAAGCUAGACGAUCGGGAGGUUGCCAAGUUCGACAACGCCUUACGGGUGUACGCUACGAAAGACAGGGUCAACGAGUUCAACCACUACCACCUCGACCGCCUCGGCCGGCCUGUCAUCCAGGUAAUGGCCAAAAACGUAGGCCCUGGCGCCGCGGCAGCGCCUGAUAACAAGCCAGUUGGCCUCUGCAACGGCGCUCGUGGCACAGUUUACGAUAUCGGCUGGGCACCUGGGGUCGACCCCAUCCAAGACCCUCCCUGCGUUAUCAUGAUGGAGUUUGACAAAUACAGCGGACCGGUAUUCCUGACCACCCCUGAUGGCAGGAAGAUUGUGCCGAUUCUCCCAGUGGAGAGGGACUUCCUCAUCGGAGCCACUCUCUGCACUCGCACCCAGUUUCCUCUGAUCGUAUGCUACGCAAUUACCGUGCACAAGUCACAAAGCAUCACCGAGGACAUGGUCGUUACAGAUCUGUCCUGCCGAGACUUCCAGACUGGUUUAAGCUACGUGGCCGUCUCACGCGUGAAGACGCUGCAGGGUCUGAUGCUGGAUGCGCCGUUUGACCGCAAUCACCUGACUUAUGCAUCUCCGCCCGAGGGCAUCAAAAUGAAGAUGAGGGAUCAGCAGAUCCGCAGACGACAGGUUCUUACUCGGAACCCCUACAAGACAUACCACGGGCCAGCGUAA